AUGUCAGCAACGCCUCGAAAGCCUGGAACCCCCGGCAGUUCCAGCAAAUCAUCGCCCGCAGAUCCGCACCCAGCCAACGGGUCCACCACACGAGGACAUGCACGCUCGCCCAGCGCUGCGAGUAAUGGUCACAACCGUUCCCCCUCUUUGAGAAACUCGACCCCUGUUUCUGCCCGUGCCGCUGCGAGAAAACCCGGCCGAUCCAAUUUGAGCAUGUCCAACGUCCCACGGAUUUCCAACGACCCUUCCGAGGAGGAGGCGCGGGCCCAAAAUGCGGCCCUCAUCGAGGAGCUGCGGGAGCAACUCCAGAAAGCCGAGACGGCCUCCGAGCAGUAUCAAAAGCAACUUGGCGUCCUGCAAAUGCGCUUAGACGAAGCGAUUAGUGAACAGAGCAAGCUAGAAGAUCAAGCUCAUGAGCGAGACACCCGGAUUGAGACUUUGAGCAGUGAGAUCCGGGAGCAGAGUCGUCAAAUCCGGGAUAUGGAACAGAAUCAUGAUCAGGAGCGGAACGCGAUGCUGCAGGAGAAGGAGCAACAGGCCAGCCGGGAAGAAGAAUUGCAGGCCACCAUCCAGCGCCUGAAGGGAGCGGUGGCGCAGAAAGAUAUGCGCAUCAAUACUGAAGGUGACCGCCACCAAGUCUCACGAUCUUCAAGUUUCCGGAACCGAGCCUCCCCGGACCUGGAUGCUCAAUUCGCCCCCUCCUCCCAACUCGAGCGCAGCCCCUCCCGCAAUAAUUCCAACCUUCUCCUCCAGAAAGAUAAGUUGAUUGAAUCGCUGCGCCUGGAGCUGGCAGAGUCACAGAUCAAACUUGUGGAGAUGGAGAAUAAAGGUGGGGGCCAGCAGCGCGAGUUAGAGAAGGAGCUUUUGGAUGCUCGCAUGGCUAAUGCACGCCUUAUGGAAGACAAUGAAAGCUACCAAUUGCUACUCAGUGAAAAGACCCUUACCGGCGAUUUCACUAAGGGCGAUUUCAUGCGAGAUGUUCAUCCUGGAAAGAGUUCCAGUGGCGGGCUAGGAUCCUUGGCUGACGAGCUCGAAUCUGUGGAUGAAGAAGCCGCCGAAGGAGACCCGAUACGCAAGGUUGACGGAGAGCUAAAGAACCUCAAGGACCAAAACAAAGCCUUGACACUUUACAUUGAGCGCAUAAUUAGCCGUGUCCUACAGCAUGACGGUUUUGAGCAUGUUCUGGAUCGCAAUGAUGACGAUGAACCCAAGAGCGAUAAAGCAGCAGGCAGUGAGAAAGAAUUGCCUCCCACACCUCCUGAGAAGGACGAGCAGGCAAAUCAGACCUUCCUGCAGCGGGCCAAAUCUGUUGUUUCGGGCCACCCCCCUCGCUCUCAGCCCCAGCCCCGAUCUCGUCCGACCAGCAUGAUGCCCCCGCCUUCCAUCCCACAUACCAAUGCAAACGAGAACCCGGACACUGCCCCCAGUAUUCCAAUUCGCGCUCAGUCAAUGAGGGCAGGUCAUCGUCGCGCCCGGUCCGAGCAGGUUGAUCCGAGUGCUGCCUCUGUUGUAGGUGCGAUGUACCGCGGACGAAACUCCGGUGGCCCAAUGAGCCCUACAGCCAUGGGGCCAGGGUCACGCCAGAGCAUGUUCUCAGGAACUCCUAGCUACGUAUCUAGCAUGAGUCGUGCGCCGUCCAUGUCCAGCCAACCAGACUAUAUCGGACGUAGCAGCUCCCCAAGCGUUACAAGUGAUAUGCUCGGAGACAAUUCCUCAACGGGAGCAACCUCCAGCCCUCCACGUUCAAGCAGCGGCAUGACCAAUUAUACCGGCGCUGUGAUGACGCAGAAUAAACUGCGACCCCUGCGUCUUGUGAGCGAUGCAGCCAAACUCGAAGAAGAGGAGGCUGCGCGCAAGAGGGCGAACCGCGCGAGCUGGAUUCCGUGGUUUAACAAAGCCAACCCGGAGGAGCAGACCCAGCCUUAG